AUACAUGAAAGGAUAAAAGAGCAAACGUAGGAGUGAUUACUUACGGUAUUGGAGGGGGAAAGAGUGAACUCCCCCCGUUUAUGGUUAUCCCUUACCGUUGAAGAAGCUUACCUUGUUCAUGCGCAAAAGGGCACAUACUAACGUACGUACCUAUGCACAUACACGCAUAUAUAACGGCGCAUUCGCCAGACUAGAAGCACAAGCGCAACUCCUUCACCUCUGCUGAUAAUGUUUCUAUCCUUCGUGAGGCAUACCCCCCCAAAAAACCCAAGAAAUGUUUUUUUUCCGUGGCAGAAUUUCAGCAUACACAAGUCAGGGAGCUUCCUAGAAAAGAACAGACUGGCACUGAGGGUGCCAAUUAAUUUAACCAAAUUUGAAAUUAGAGAAUACUUGAGAAAAAUAUAUAAUGCCAAGGUUAUAAAAGUCAACACAUUAAUUAAGGUACCGGAGAGGAGAAGAAAUUUAACCGACUUUCGUUUCAAUUAUUAUCGAAAUGGGCCGAGAUAUAAAAAGGCAAUCAUAACAUUAGAACAUGAAGUACCUGAUAGCGUGAAAAUGAUUCAGUCAUGUAAAAAUAUCGGCAGAAAUCCGUAUAUAACAAAAAAAAAUGUCAUUUAUGGUGUUCGCAGCGAUGUGAAAAUCACACCUACACGGUCGCAACUGUGGCACAUGGGUGAAUGCAGAUAUUCUUGGAGAUUACCUCUGACCAACUUGCUGGCUGAUUAUAAAAUGAAUUUAAACCCUGACUUAAGGAUUGACGAAAACCUUGUUCAACUUGCCCCUGAUGUGACCAAACCGUUUAUGCAUUCGGGCAUUUCGUUGGAAACGUUCAAGCCGAACAGUGUGCCGGAACAAACCUUUCCGAAGAUCGAUUUAACCCCCUGGAGAAGACAAGUGAAAAAAAUUUACGAGUCGGGUACUUUAGCACCGCCCGAAUCGUUUCCCAAAGAUCGUAAAAGACAUCAAACGAUUGAGUAUGCUGGUGAAAAUAAAAAUUUUAAAAGGUCAUCCAGAAGCAGUCAAUGGAAGGCCCCUUCGUAG